AUGUCUCCCAACAGUGAAAACGCAAUGGCUCGAUUUCUGUUCGCUAUCAUCAAGCAAAAGAACCUCAAAAACGUGGAUUGGAACCUCGUUGCUUCCGACCCCGUGCUUCUCGAGCCAAUCUCGAACGGCCAUGCGGCGAGGAUGAGAUUUUCUCGCUUCAGAGCGACAGUCACCGUCGACGAGGCCCGGCGGCAGCAUAUUAUCGACGAUAAUAACCGAGUGUCCAAGCCUUUGAAGAAGAGGGCCUCGGCGAGGAGGGAUCAUGUCAAGUCUGAAUCAGACUUCUGUUCAAGGCUGUCGGCGUAUAAAGAGUUCUCUCCCGUCUCCCUGGGCUCGCCAAGGAUAGAUACGUCGCCGUUCAUGGGAAACUCGCCGUACAUGGAUGACGCCUGCGACAGUUUGGACCGUUUCCUAUCGCCCUGCAGCGAUGAUGUGACACCAGCCAUCGUCGCCAAGCCGGUAGCCAUGGAUGGAGAGGGAGAGAACGGGUCAAGCAAUCUUUCAACUAUUGCUGAUGGGUCUUCGGACCUCUUCAAUGCCGCCGAUUUCUUGGCCUUCGACGCUGCCUACGGCUUUGGCGGUUGCGGUACUGGGUCGACAGCCUUUCAUUGCCAGGAUAUGCCCGAACUCGCUACCGCCUACCCCGUGACAGGAGACGAGAGUACGGAAUGGAACAGACCGGCUGAAGAAUCAUGCUUGUUCUAA